ACUAGAAACGUAAUUACUUUGUAAGGUGUUCAAAAAGUACGAAAUAAAUAAGAAAAUAAAUGAUAAAAAGUCGAUCAUAUUGUAAUUUCUUUUAUUCGUAUCGAAAUUGUAUAUUCGAAGUAAAAUUACAUCAUAUUAUUAACAAUCACAAAUUCUAUGCACAAUGAUAAGAAUAAGGUUAUGAGAUUGUUUGAUCGUUUAAUAAAUAAAGAUAGAAAUUAUGGAAAUAUUGCAUCAACUUGCACGUUAAAAGCGAUGCAUUAUUUCAAGUGCAAAUACCAAGAUGUGACGUAAUAGGAAAAGGUAAUGAAAUCGUGGUAGGAUUACCACCAGAUUCUAAAUAUGGGAAAGCCAACAAGAGUAGUCGUCUGUGGAAUGAAAGGAGUAGGAAAAACAGCAUUGCUAGAACAACUCAUAUAUGGAAAUGUUACCCCAAAAACGGAAAUUCAUCCCACUAUAGAAGACAUCUAUGUUGCUAAUAUAGAAACGGAUCGUGGUACAAAAGAGAGAGUUAGAUUUUACGACACCGCUGGUUUAGAAUCAUUACAAAGCAACGCGAACAAUCAACAACUUCCCAGGCACUAUCUUGGUUUUGCAGAUGGUUAUAUCUUAGUGUACGACACUACGAAACCAGAAUCUUUGGAUGUUUUAUUUCCAUUGAAGAAGGACAUCGAUAAGAACAAGGAUAAGAAAGAAAUAACAGUAAUAGUUUUAGGUAAUAAAACUAAUAAUGAAAAUAAAUCUAAUAGCUUAGAGAAUACAUCUAAUAAAGCAAGCAAUUGGUGUACCAGGGAAAAGGUAAAACAUUAUGAGAUCAAUGUAAUGGAUAGACAAACAUUAUUAGAACCUUUUGUCUAUUUGUCGUCUAGGUUAAAUCCACCACCAAACAAAAGUACAUUUCCUCAACUGAGUAUGGGUAGGAAAAUAAUUAAAACUGAGACUCCAUAAGAAAAUUAUAUCAUUUAAUUAAUUAUAACUGAUAUUUGAAAGUAAUUCACUUGGCUGUGGAAAUAUAUCAUCGUAUUAAAAAUAUGAUAUAUAUAUAUAUAUAUAUAUAUAUAUAUAUUAUGAGGUAUAACAAAACAAAAAAAACUAUAAUGAUAUUUAAGUUAAUUAAAAAAUGUGAUCAAGAGUCUAAUUGAAUACUCUUGAUUUAGAUUAAGAAUAUCAAAGUACUUAAUUAAUUUAUCUUUAUACAACAUGCAUUUUAAUAAGAUCUUCCAAAGUUAUAUUAUGAAAUGCGUCAUGUAUAAUAUUGAUUAAUGACAUGGUAUUUCGCUCAGAGGAUCGUAUAAUCGUUUCUAAACAUAUUUAUCUAUUAAGCAAUAUGGCUUAAAGUACUUAAGUAAUACUUUCUAUCAGAAAUAACAAUAGCCAAGCUGAAAGCGUGUUACAUGCUAGAUAUAAACUUUUCUAUUACAUUUAUCACUCGUAAGCAGGAAAUUACCAUUCUAUUGGUUUUACCAGCUCCUGUAAACUUAUAUCUGUGUUAAAAACAUAAUCCCAAAUUUUACUACUAAUACCGAAACCUAUAAAGAAUAAAACAUUAAAUGUUUAUGUUUAAGAAUAAAACAUAAAACUCAUGCUGUGUGAAUAAGAAAAUGAAACGCAAAAAAAAAACAUUACCUUCAUCAUGAUGCGAGAAAUGAUGAUAAUUGUGAUAUCUCUUCAAAUCGUAAAAAUAUGUUUUGGCAUUAGGUUUACCAUAAUGCAAAUAAUAAUGCAUUAAAUCGUAACACAAGUAUCCUAUGAAAAAUGAAGAAACAUUUAGGUUUAGAUUAUUUAUUUAAAUUUAUUUAAUUUAUAUCAUAUAGUGCGUUUAAUUAUACGUAUAGGGAAAUUAUUAUACUUCACCUGCAACAGUUCCAGCACUAAUAAAGUUGGCUAUAAAAUCAGGAAAUAUCGAUAUGUACAAUUUCCAUAUGCCAAUUGCUAUGAUAAUACCAGCUAUAGGUGGAAAUACUAAUCUUUGACCAUCAAAAGGUGCCUAGUAUCAAUAAAAACAAAAGGGAAUCUAUAAAUUUAUAU